AUGGCUAGAGAAAGACGUGAGUUUAUCACCAAACACUACUAGUUCUAAAUAGUAAAUACAAUUCAGCUUCGAGAUUUAAAUCUGGCUUUAAUCGCCAGGACGAUGAAGAUGCGGGAGAAAUUGAAAAAGCUCAGGAUUAUCGAGAAAGCGGAAGUGGACAAAAAGAAAGUGAAGUGCUAUUUCCAUGGAUGGAUGAAGCAUUCCAAAAAAUGAUAAUACAUCAAUCAGUUAAAAAAUUGAGGUCAAGAAGCGACAGAAAUUGUGAAGAAGGAAAUAAUGAAACGGACGAAGAUGAGUUAGAUUCUGCUACAUUAUUCAGCAGAUAUUGGGAACAAAACUUGGAGAAAAAUAAUGAAUAUCUUCAAAUGGUUUUUGGUCCACAAUGUCCGCUUCUCACAAAAGUUUCAACAAAAAAUAAAGCUCCUCAAAAUAUCAUUACAAAAGAUGAUGUUUAUACACUUUAUGUUCGAUCAGUUGAAGCACGUCAAUAUGGAAGAUAUCGAGAAGCAUUUCAACUUCUUAGGCCAACAAUGCCUUUUUUGGCUACAAAUCAUUUAGUUUGGAUUCGAAUAACCGAAAUGUGUAUAUUUGAACUUUUCGAAGAAACUUGGGAUUUUCUUGAUAUUUAUACAAGAUUAUUUCAAGAUCGACCCAAGAAUUAUUAUCCAAGUCAUCGAAGACAAAUGAAUGAAAUUAGGCAAAGACAUAACGAUAUGAACUUACGAUUUGCUUAUAUUGCUUCAAAUGUUGCAUAUACUUUAUGUAAACUAUCAGAAAGUCAUUCUGAUUGUUUUUCAGCAACACAAAAUCACGCUUUUCUUAUGUUAAAAAUGAGAAAAUAUCGGUAAAUUUCAGAAAAAACGUGAAAAUAUUUAUUUCGAAUUGUAAUAUUUCAGUGAAGCCCUCGACGCAAUUUCAUAUUUUCUUAAAAAAACAGAAGAAUGUCAAGCGGCAACUGAUCAAAUCGAACAUAUGCUUUUAUAUAAAGCUGAAGCAAAAUAUUAUUUGGGAAAAUAUGAUCGAGCAAUUGAAUAUAGUUUGAAAGUUCAAAAAGAUGCUCAAAAUUGCAGAUUGAAAAUGAGAGCUGAAAUGUUGUUAGCAAUGGCAUAUUUGAAGAAAAAUAAUUAUAAAUUGUCUUAUCAAUAUGUUAUGGUAAGAAUUUGAAAUAUUUUGAAUUUAUUUAUAACUAUUACUAUUUCAGGGACUUGUUUCGUGUUAUCGAUUAGAUGAUUUUAUGGUUGAAAAUGUUGCAUUAUUUGGUGUUACUUUAGCACAUAAAAUGAAAAACUAUCCAAUGCUCCAAACAUUUUUGAAAUUACUUCAAGAUUGUGUACAUUGA